AUGAUGAAGAGACAGCUGCACCGCAUGCGGCAGCUGGCCCAGACGGGCAGCUUGGGACGCACCCCGGAGACAGCUGAGUUCCUGGGUGAGGAGCUGCUGCAGGUGGAGCAGCGGCUGGAGCCUGCCAAGCGGGCAGCCCACAAUGUCCACAAGCGGCUGCUGGCCUGUCUGCAGGGCCAGAGUGGGGCUGACAUGGACAAGCGUGUGAAGAAGCUUCCCCUCAUGGCUUUGUCCUCCACGAUGGCAGAGAGCUUCAAGGAGCUGGACCCCGACUCCAGCAUGGGGAAGGCCUUGGAGAUGAGCUGUGCCAUCCAGAACCAGCUGGCCCGCAUCCUGGCCGAGUUCGAGAUGGCCCUGGAGCGGGAUGUCCUGCAGCCGCUCAGCAGGCUGAGUGAGGAGGAGCUGCCCGCCAUCCUUAAGCACAAGAAAAGCCUGCAGAAGCUGGUGUCUGACUGGAACACCCUCAAGAGCAGGCUCAGCCAAGCCACCAAGAACUCUGGCAGUGGUCAAGGCCUGGGCGGCGGCCCAGGCAGCUAUAGCCACACCACAGCGGCUGCCAACAAGGUGGAGACGCUGAGGGAGGAGGAGGAAGAGUUGAAGAGGAGAGUAGAGCAAUGUAAGGAUGAGUACUUGGCCGACCUGUACCACUUUGCCACCAAGGAGGACUCGUACGCCAACUACUUCAUCCACCUCCUGGAGAUUCAGGCUGAUUACCAUCGCAGCUCACUGAGCUCUCUGGACACCGCCCUGGCUGAGCUGAGGGAGAAUCACAGCCAAGCAGACCCCUCCCCCUCGAUGACGGCCAACCCCUUCUCCAGGGUGUAUGGGGUGUCGCUGGGGACACACCUGCAAGAGCUGGGCCGGGACAUCGCCCUGCCCAUCGAGGCCUGUGUGCUGAUGCUGCUGUCUGAGGGCAUGCGGGAAGAGGGCCUCUUUCGUCUGGCCGCAGGGGCCUCAGUGCUGAAGCGCCUCAAGCAGACGAUGGCCUUGGAUCCCCACAGCCUGGAAGAGUUCUGCACGGACCCACAUGCUGUGGCAGGUGCCCUCAAAUCCUAUCUCCGGGAGCUGCCAGAGCCCCUGAUGACCUUUGACCUUUAUGAUGAUUGGGUGAGAGCAGCCAGCCUGAAAGAGUCUGGGGCCCGGCUAGAGGCCCUCCGAGAGGUGUGCGACCGCCUGCCCCCUGAGAACCUCAGCAACCUCAGGUACCUAAUGAAGUUCCUGGCCCGGCUGGUGGAGGAGCAGGACGUAAACAAGAUGACACCCAGCAACAUUGCCAUCGUUCUGGGGCCCAACCUGCUGUGGCCACCUGAGAAAGAAGGGAACCAGGCCCAGCUGGACGCAGCCUCCGUGUCAUCUAUCCAGGUGGUGGGCGUGGUCGAGGCUCUGAUACAGAACUCGGACACCCUCUUUCCUGGAGACAUCAACUUCAAUGUGUCCGGCCUUUUCUCAGCCCUCGCCCCCCAGGACAAGGUCGGCGAUGGACCAGCUGCUGAAGAGUCGCCACUUGUUUCUAUGCCCACUCCAGCAACCACCCCGGCCCCAGCCCCAGCCUUGGCCCUGGGCUCAGCCUUAGUGGUACCCAAGGAAAGGACAGAGUCGGAAGUGCCACCCAGACCAGUCUCGCCCAUGGUCAACAGGAGCGCCUCGGGGACAGCUGCCCCAGCAGAGGACACGGCCCGGAGGACCAAGCGCCCCGCGCCGGCCCGGCCCACCAUGCCACCCCCCCAGCUCUCCAGCACCCGCUCCUCUCCAGUCCCUGCCCCGACCCCCAGUAGCCCUGUGACUCCUCGGGCUCUGCCCCGCCGACUGGUGGGCAGCAGCCUCCGGGCUCCCACAGUGCCACCCCCAUUGCCCCCUGUUCCCCCUCAACCUGCCCGACGCCAGAGCCGACGUUCCCCGGCCUCCCCCAGCCCGGCCUCCCCUGGCCCAGCCUUCUCAAGCUCACCUACGCAGGUGGAAGCGCAGAAAGUGCACACAGAGGAUGGGGGGCCCCCUGAGGCUGUAGGUGGGGUCUCUACCCCACAAGCUGUGCCCCCUCAGCCCCGGCCCAGGGGCCUUGCCUCCGAGACUGACUGAGCAUGCAGCUCCACCCUGACUGGCCCGCAGUGUCCCCGUCCUCCUGGGGCAGCUCUCGGCUCUCCCAAAGGGUGGGGGCCCCCAGCAUUUACCCACAAGUGCCUCAGUGCCUGCAGGGUCGGCCACCAUGGCCAGGAGGGCUCCGGACAGCCCUCUGCUUCCUGACCUUUUCCAUCCUGAGCUUGAGAGUCCCUUCCACUCCCCACCCUCUGGCAGGGUCCCAGGGAAGCCACUAGAAGGAAGGACAGGCUUGCCUGCUCCUAUAAGACUUACUUUUCUCUUGCCAACAUAUUUUUUGUAAGGCUGGUAAAUAAAUUAUUUUGGACAAAACUGGA